AUGGAGGCCUCUGCUCGCACUGCUAUGUAUCCUCAGCACCGUUGCAAAAACAUAUACCUGGUGAGGCAUGCUCAAGGUAUUCAUAAUGUGGAAGGCGAAAAGGAUCAUAGUGCCUACAUGUCGCCUGCGCUGCUUGAUGCUCACAUUACCCCUUUGGGCUGGAGCCAAGUUGAUUGCCUACGAGAACAUGUGACAAAAUGUGGACUAGACAAAAAGAUUGAGCUGGUCAUUGUUUCCCCUCUACUGAGGACUAUGCAAACUGCAGUGGGGGUCUUUGGUCAUGGGAGCUAUAUGGAUGAAGUAAAUGCAUCACCAUUAUUAAUGGUAGAAGGUGCUGGACACAGUGGACAUAAGGCGAUUUCAAGUUUGAACUGCCCACCGUUUCUUGCAGUUGAGGCAUGCAGGGAGCGCUUGGGUGUUCAUCCCUGUGACAGGAGGAGCAGCAUAACAAAAUACCGUACUCUCUUUCCUGCCAUUGAUUUUUCCUUGAUAGAGAAUGAUGAAGAUGUUCUUUGGGAACCAGAAGUCAGAGAAACAAUUGAAUCUAUUGCUGCUAGGGGCAUGAAGUUUAUUGACUGGUUAUGGACAAGAGAAGAAAAAGACAUAGCUAUUGUCACCCACAGUAGUUUCUUGGAUUUCACUUUAAACAUGUAUGGUAAAGAGUGUCAUCCAGCCAUAGCAGAGGAUCUGCGCAAGCGCUUUGCUAAUUGUGAGCUUCGCUCCAUGGUGUUGGUCGACAUAAGUAAGCUUGGAUCAGAAACCCAUACAUGCAAUUUCUAUGGGAAGAUACCGUCCGGACUUGAUCUGCCUAGUGAUGUCGUGAACAAGAACUUGGAACAGCAAGGUGCGGGUAAUGUCAUUGAGAGUGCGAAGUGCUCGUUCGGCCUUGCCGUUUUGAGGGGAGGUGUAUGGGCAGGACAUGCGGAGGUGUACACCGUUGCGUGCAAGGAACUCGAUGAAGGUAGAGUUAACGAACUCGGUUCCAUUAUCGGUUUGGAAGGAUAUGACGGGGAGGUUGAAUUGUGUGCGUGCGUAUGCAACAAAGUUGAUGAGAAUAUCACAUGUGUCGGAUUUCCGGCGAAGGGGAAACGUCCACAUAAAAUGAGAGAAGUCAUCAACAAUGACAAGGUAAUAUUUGAAACAAGAAUUACUAGCAACAGGUGA